CGUGGAUGUGGACUUUGACUUUAUGGUUCCACGCCUUCGACACUAAACCUGAAACAGACGAAGACGAACAGGAGACGACUGAAACAUGAGUGCUGCUCCGCCUCCACCUGAACACCGACUCCAGGUCCAUCUCGAGGCCCUGCAGUGUCACUUCACCUGGGACCUGGACUCCAGCAGGUCCAGGCUGCUGCGCCUUUGCGACAACCUGACGGACAUUGGUUCGGAGGAGGGCUACGUCUGGCUGGGCCACAUCUACAACCUGCAGGGCUUCAUCCACCACCGGCUGGGCGACUGUGACCACGCCCUGCGCUUCUUCAGCCGGGCCGCAGAGGCCUUCCGCCAGAUCCGGAACACCGUCUCGGACCAGGGGCCGUGGUUGGUGGUGAACUACGGGAACCUGGCGUGGCUGCACCAUCACCUGGGGGAACCGGCGCAAAGCCGCCGUUACCUGCUGAAAGUGGACGAGCUGAUGAGCGAGCACCCACCUCCGGAGCAGCACGACCUCCACCCGGACGUCUACGCCGAGAAGGCCUGGACCCUGAUGAAGUUCGGCAGGAGUCCAGCGGCGGCGGAUCUGUUCCAGAGCGCCAUCCGGAUGCAGCCGGACCACGUGGAGUGGUGCUCCAGCCGCGUGCUGGCGUUGGUUCAGGCCGCACCGACACUGGACGAUGACAUCAUCGACAGGAUGAGAAUCGCAAAAGCCCACGAUCCGGAGAACCUGUACCUCACCGCUCUUCACCUGGAGGCGUUGGCGAGCAGAGGGCAGAAUGUUGAAUCUGAAGCCCGUGAACUCGCCACCAGGGUUUUGAAGAAGCCGGCGAGCAGCUACAGCGGAAUCAGACCAUUACUGAGGCUCUACACCAUGAAGAUCUCCACCAGCGACGCCACUGACCUGGCGGAGGAGGCCCUGCAGAGGCAUCCAGAUCACCGGUACCUGAAGGACUGCGCUGCACACUGCUACAACAAGAGGAUCCUCCUGGACCGGGACCAGGACCAGGACCGUCCAAACCAAAGCCUGGUGGACAGAGCCAUCAGCCUCUUCAAAGAUGUCAUCGCGCUUUACCCCGACUCUUCGCUCAAGAGGAAAAUAUCCCUGGCAAACAUUUACGCUAAGACGAACACUAACCUGGCCGAAGGCCAGCAGAUCUUCGACGACCUGCUCCGCACGGACCUGGACCCAGAAGAGGCUCAGAUGGUUUACAACUACUACGCCAAAUUCCUGCACUUCUACAUGAACCGGAGCGACGAGUCCAUCCGGUUCCACAUGGCGGCAGCGGAGAUCCGUCCGCUCACGUUUUACGGCGAACACAGUCUGCGAACACUGGAGAGAAUCCGAGAUCGGAACAGGAACCAGAGGUGUCCGGAAAUACGCGACUUCCUGUUACAACAGCAGCUCUGACGCCGUAAACGAACAAUUCCCAAACCGACCUCCGACGAAUCACAAAACCAGUCAGUUC